CCCAAGUCCGACUUACCCAAGUCCGACUCACGUAAAGUUCUGUUUAUUUAUAAAUAUAAAUACGGGCCUUAAUAGAGGCCGUUUUACAAAUUGUAGUGAUUUGUUAUCUAAGAAUAGGCAACUUCAAAAAUUGGAAAACAGGAAGAAGUAAACAGUUCUUUUCUUUCUGUUUUAUUUCCUAACCUAACUAAUCAACCAUUAAAAAUUUAAAUUAUUUAAAGAGAAAUGAGUUUUAAUGGAUACAAGAACAAAAUUGAAGAAGGCGAUACAGUUAUUUUGUACCUGACCAUAACACAAAUAUAUUCAGUUAAAGCUCAGUCCAAAAUAAUCAACAAAAAAGGCAAUGAAGUAGUCAACGUUUUUCAAACUCCUUAUGGAGCUCUAAAAUGCGGCGAACUCGUAGGCAAAUCUUUUGGAACCAAAAUAUCUCUAAGCAAAGGUUGGGGAUACGUUUUACAACCAACUCCAGAGUUAUGGACAAUUACUUUACCCCAUAGGACUCAGAUAAUAUAUACUCCAGAUAUCAGUAUGAUCAUUCUUCAGUUGGAACUUUCUCCUGGCAGCAUAGUCAUAGAGAGUGGUACAGGCAGCGGAUCGCUUUCGCAUGCCUUAAUAAGAGCUGUUAAACCACAUGGACAUUUGCAUACGUUUGAAUUUCAUGAAGGCAGGUCCAAAAUGGCUACAGAAGAAUUUAGAAAUCACGGUUUUUCUAAUUAUGUUACUGUGAGGCAUCGAGAUGUUUGUGAGAAAGGUUUUAGUGAAGAAUUGGAUGGUGUAGCUGAUGCAGUUUUCUUAGAUUUGCCUCAUCCUUGGUUAGCUAUUCCACAUGCCAUCAAGUCUUUAAAAUCUUCAGGCGGGAGGCUGUGUUCUUUUUCACCUUGUAUAGAACAAGUGCAAAAAAGUUGUCUAGUUUUGUUAAAGUUAGGUUUUCAAGAGAUCCAAACUAUGGAAGUUUUGCAGACUCAACUUAGUGUGCAACAGAGGAAUAUACCAGUUAUUAACAUGGAUUUUCUUAAAUCUGAGAAAGAUGGUAGUGAGGGGGAGAAAAAAGAUAGAGAAUUUUUGAAAACUGUUGUAGCCAUACCUCCACCAAGUUUACCUGGACACACAGGUUAUUUAACCAUUGCAACAUUGCCACCUGUUUGGGCUAGAAGUCUUCAGAUGAGUCUGAAUGAGGUUGAUAUGAUAGAUGGGGAGGGAGAGGGCGAUUAAUGAUAUAAUAAACUUUGUAAUAUAUAAGAUUUUUUAAUAAAAACUAUACCAAAGUACCUGGUAAUCAGAAAACAAGAAUUUAUAAUUUAAAAAUCAUAAAAAUUGCACCAAAUUCAAAGUAAGUGGUAUUUAUUAGACGAGAUGCUAAAUGCCACUGGUAGCACCACAUAAUGCACAUGCUCGCUAAAUUGUUAUAAGAAUGAUGUAAAUAUAUGCACGAAAUUUUAAAAAUAUGUAAUAAUAAGCAAUAUUUUUACGUGUUUCCCUAAUUGUCAGAUACAAAAAUGAAGGGGUUCUUUAAAACUGUUAAUACAGUAAGUAAGGAUAUUAAAAAUAAGUGUUUAAAUAUUUUUUGAAUGUAUUUAACUGGUAUUUAAAAAAUGGAGGGCGUUAAAACUAUUGAUGCAGUGCAUAGGAUAUUCAAAAUACCGUUGGCCGGG